GGGAGGUACUUAACUGCACACAGUUGCUGCAGACCUAAUAGUUGGCAGCAUAGAAAGCAGUACAAAGAAUUCUGAUUCUAGGCAUUUUCACUUUGAAAUAGUCAUUUUGAAGAUAUACUCUGUGUGUUCUGUGAGCUUCAUUGACAUAUUGUCUGACGUUUUUUGGCUUUUGUGGUAAAUGGGAUGUAUGCUGCACAAACUACCCAACAGAUGUGAACCACUGUUUGAAAGGAAUUUUAAUAUGUAGCCAACCUACUGUAUUCUUGUUUUUUUUUUUUAAUGAAUAUGAAUCAAACAAGAAAUUUAGACUCAAGAAGGCUGACCUAGAAGUCUGCAUUAGCUUUUAAUGUUUAUACAAAUGAACUAAGUAGCAGUGGUUUACAGAAGAGGAAGUCCUUUUCACAGUGUCAAGCUGCCCACAGAUUCAGAAUGGACAGUUUAGAAGAACCUCAGAAAAAAGUCUUUAAGGCUCGAAAAACGAUGAGAGUGAGUGAUCGUCAGCAACUUGAAGCAGUGUACAAGGUCAAAGAAGAACUGUUGAAAACUGAUGUCAAGCUGUUAAAUGGCAACCAUGAAAAUGGAGAUUUGGACCCAACCUCACCUUUGGAAAACAUGGAUUACAUUAAAGACAAGGAAGAGGUGAAUGGCAUUGAGGAGAUUUGUUUUGAUCCUGAAGGAAGUAAAGCAGAAUGGAAGGAAACACCCUGUAUCCUAAGUGUUAAUGUAAAAAACAAGCAGGAUGAUGAUUUAAAUUGUGAACCUUUGUCUCCCCAUAAUAUAACUCCAGAACCAGUCUCUAAACUGCCUGCUGAACCAGUUUCUGGUGAUCCAGCCCCUGGUGAUCUGGAUGCCGGAGAUCCAGCCUCCGGAGUACUGGCCUCUGGUGAUUCCACCUCUGGUGAUCCCACCUCUAGCGAGCCCUCCUCUAGUGAUGCUGCCUCUGGUGAUGCAACCUCUGGUGAUGCCCCUUCUGGUGAUGUGUCCCCUGGUGAUGCCACCUCUGGUGAUGCCACUGCUGAUGAUCUCUCCUCUGGUGAUCCCACCUCUAGUGAUCCCAUCCCAGGUGAACCGGUCCCUGUUGAACCCAUUUCUGGUGAUUGUGCCGCUGAUGAUAUAGCCUCUAGUGAAAUAACUUCUGUUGAUCUGGCUUCUGGAGCACCAGCUUCCACUGAUCCAGCCUCUGAUGAUCUGGCCUCUGGUGAUCUAUCCUCUAGUGAACUGGCCUCUGAUGAUCUGGCCACUGGUGAACUGGCCUCUGAUGAGCUGACUUCUGAAUCAACCUUUGAUCGUACCUUUGAACCAAAGUCUGUACCAGUUUGUGAACCAGUUCCUGAAAUUGACAAUAUAGAACCAAGUAGCAAUAAAGAUGAUGAUUUUCUUGAAAAAAAUGGAGCUGAUGAAAAAUUAGAGCAAAUUCAGAGUAAAGACUCAUUGGAUGAGAAAAAUAAAACUGAUAAUAAUAUUGAUGCUAAUGAAGAAACUCUAGAAACAGAUGAUACAACUAUUUGUUCAGAUCGACCUCCUGAAAAUGAAAAGAAGGUAGAGGAAGAUACUAUCACAGAGCUUGCUCUUGGAGAAGAUGCUAUAUCUAGCAGUAUGGAAAUUGACCAAGGUGAAAAGAAUGAAGAUGAAACUUCUGCAGAUCAUGUAGAAACGAUUAAUGAAAAUGUUAUUGAAGAUGACAAAAGUGAGAAUAUCUUAGAAAAUACAGACUCUAUGGAGACAGAUGAAAUCAUUCCUAUUUUGGAAAAGCUUGCACCUUCUGAGGAUGAACUUACUUGCUUUUCUAAAACAUCUCUCCUUCCAAUCGAUGAGACAAAUCCAGAUUUGGAAGAGAAAAUGGAAAGUUCUUUUGGUUCACCAUCUAAACAAGAAAGUAGUGAGAGUUUGCCAAAAGAAGCCUUUCUGGUCCUCUCUGAUGAAGAGGAUAUUUCGGGUGAAAAAGAUGAGUCUGAAGUUAUAUCGCAAAAUGAAACGUGCUCUCCAGAAGUAGAAAGUAAUGAAAAGGACAACAAACCUAAGGAAGAAGAGCAAGUAAUACAUGAAGAUGAUGAAAGACCUUCUGAGAAAAAUGAAUUUUCUAGACGAAAACGUUCUAAAUCAGAAGACAUGGACAAUGUACAGUCUAAACGUCGUCGAUAUAUGGAAGAAGAAUAUGAGGCAGAAUUUCAAGUAAAGAUUACAGCCAAAGGAGACAUUAACCAGAAACUUCAAAAGGUUAUACAGUGGUUGCUGGAAGAAAAAUUGUGUGCGCUGCAGUGUGCUGUAUUUGAUAAGACUUUGGCAGAAUUGAAAACACGAGUGGAAAAGAUUGAAUGUAACAAGAGGCAUAAAACAGUUCUCACUGAACUACAGGCCAAGAUAGCCAGGUUAACCAAACGCUUUGAAGCAGCCAAAGAAGAUCUUAAGAAAAGACAUGAACAUCCACCCAACCCACCAGUAUCACCAGGAAAAACUGUAAAUGAUGUCAACAGCAAUAAUAACAUGUCUUACAGAAAUGCAGGCACAGUGAGACAGAUGCUGGAGUCCAAAAGAAAUGUAAGCGAGAGUGCACCACCAUCCUUUCAAACUCCUGUGAAUACAGUAUCUUCAACCAAUCUUGUCACUCCUCCAGCAGUUGUCAGUAGUCAACCUAAAUUGCAGACUCCAGUGACUUCGGGUUCCCUCACAGCAACGUCAGUUCUUCCUGCACCCAAUACAGCUACUGUAGUUGCUACUACUCAGGUGCCUAGUGGAAAUCCCCAGCCUACAAUCUCUUUACAGCCUUUGCCAGUGAUUUUGCAUGUACCUGUUGCAGUAUCCUCCCAGCCUCAGCUUCUACAGAGCCAUCCAGGGACUUUGGUGACUAAUCAACCAUCUGGCAAUGUUGAAUUCAUUUCUGUGCAAAGCCCACCUACAGUGAGUGGUCUUACCAAAAAUCCAGUAUCCUUGCCAUCCUUGCCAAAUCCCACUAAACCAAACAACGUUCCUUCUGUGCCCAGUCCUAGUAUUCAAAGGAACCCUACUGCCAGUGCUGCACCAUUGGGAACAACACUUGCUGUGCAGGCUGUUCCAACGGCACACUCUAUUGUACAAGCCACAAGGACUUCUUUACCCACAGUGGGCCCAUCAGGACUCUAUAGUCCAUCAACUAAUCGAGGUCCUAUACAGAUGAAAAUUCCAAUUUCUGCAUUUAGUACUUCAUCUGCUGCAGAACAGAACAGCAAUACCACCCCAAGAAUUGAAAACCAGACAAACAAAACAAUAGAUGCUUCUGUCAGUAAGAAAGCAGCUGAUAGCACAUCACAGAGUGGAAAAGCCACUGGCAGUGAUUCAAGUGGUGUCAUUGAUCUCACAAUGGAUGAUGAAGAGAGUGGAGCUUCACAAGACCCCAAAAAACUAAAUCACACUCCUGUAUCAACCAUGAGUUCUUCUCAGCCUGUGUCACGACCAUUGCAACCCAUACAACCAGCACCGCCUCUUCAACCAUCUGGGGUGCCAACAAGUGGACCAUCUCAGACCACCAUACACUUACUACCUACAGCUCCAACUACCGUGAAUGUAACACAUCGUCCAGUAACUCAGGUGACCACAAGACUCCCUGUACCAAGAGCUCCUGCAAACCACCAGGUGGUUUAUACAACUCUUCCUGCACCACCAGCUCAGGCUCCCUUGCGAGGAACUGUUAUGCAGGCUCCUGCUGUUCGGCAGGUCAAUCCCCAAAAUAGUGUUACAGUUCGAGUGCCUCAAACAACCACAUAUGUUGUAAACAAUGGACUAACCCUGGGAUCAACAGGACCUCAGCUCACAGUGCAUCACCGACCACCACAAGUGCAUACUGAGCCCCCACGCCCUGUGCACCCAGCACCCUUACCAGAAGCUCCACAACCACAGCGUCUGCCCCCAGAAGCUGCCAGCACAUCUCUGCCUCAGAAGCCACACUUGAAGUUAGCACGAGUUCAGAGUCAAAAUGGCAUAGUACUGUCAUGGAGUGUCCUGGAGGUGGAUCGAAGCUGUGCCACUGUUGAUAGCUACCAUCUCUAUGCUUACCAUGAGGAACCCAGUGCCACUGUGCCCUCACAAUGGAAAAAGAUUGGGGAAGUCAAGGCACUUCCCUUGCCCAUGGCAUGUACUCUCACCCAGUUUGUAUCUGGUAGCAAAUACUACUUUGCAGUACGAGCCAAGGAUAUUUAUGGACGUUUUGGGCCUUUCUGUGAUCCUCAGUCAACAGAUGUGAUCUCUUCUACCCAGAGCAGUUAAACCUUGGAGCCUUUAUAUUUUCCUCUUUUAAAAUUUCCACCUUUUGGUCUUGUUUUUAAUCUUGUGCAUGAUACCCCAUGUAAAAUCCACCUUGUGCAAGAUUUCUUGGACAGAUGUGUGUAUACACUACAUUUGUUUAUAACCAGAAGCAAAAUAAACUCAGUCCACAAAGCUAGAA